GGCUGGUUCUUGCCUUUCGGUGCCUCUCCGCCCCCCUCCUGCCCCUCUCUCGCUCUCUCUCGCUCUCUGGCAAGUUUGCCGCUGUGCCGCGGCGCCUCCGGAGCGGCUGGCUGCGGGCUGCCCCUGCCCCGCUCCCGGCGCUGCCCGCGGCGGGGCGGGCGGGGACGGCGGCGAGCCGAGGCGACCCAGGGAGCGGCCCCGCCGCCCCCGGGGAAGGCUCUGCUCCGGGCAGCAGCGGGGGGAGGCGGCUGGCACAGACACCGAAGCUCCGCCGCCCACCCCCCGGCAGCGCCGCAGUCUGCCCAGCGCCGGCAGCCCCGGGAGAUGGUGACACAUGAAGCGUGCGGGAAGGACCAUGGUUGAGAGGACCAGCAAGUUCUUGCUGAUCGUGGCCGUCUCGGUGUGCUUCAUGCUUAUCCUGUACCAGUACGUGGGGCCGGGGCUGAGCCUGGGUUCCCCCAGCGGCCGCUCCUACUCGGAGGAGCUGGACCUCUUUCCCACGCCGGACCCGCACUACGUGAAGAAGUAUUACUUCCCCGUGCGGGAGCUGGAGCGGGAGCUCGCGUUCGACAUGAAGGGCGAGGACGUGAUCGUCUUUCUGCACAUCCAGAAGACCGGCGGCACCACCUUCGGCCGCCACCUGGUGCAGAACGUGCGGCUGGAGGUGCCGUGCGACUGCCGGCCCGGGCAGAAGAAGUGCACCUGCUACCGGCCCAACCGCAGGGAGACCUGGCUCUUCUCUCGCUUCUCCACGGGCUGGAGCUGCGGGCUGCACGCCGACUGGACCGAGCUCACCAAUUGUGUGCCCGGGGUGCUGGACCGCCGGGAGAGCGCCGCAGCCAAGACGCCCAGAAAGUUUUACUACAUCACUCUGCUGAGAGACCCCGUGUCCCGUUACCUCAGCGAGUGGCGCCACGUCCAGCGAGGAGCUACCUGGAAAACCUCCUUGCACAUGUGUGAUGGCAGGACACCCACUCCUGAGGAGCUGCCCUCGUGCUACGAGGGCACAGACUGGUCGGGCUGCACGCUGCAGGAGUUCAUGGACUGCCCCUACAACCUGGCCAACAACCGCCAGGUGAGGAUGUUGGCCGACUUGAGCCUGGUGGGCUGCUACAACAUGUCCUUCAUCCCGGAGAACAAGCGAGCGCAGAUCCUGCUGGAGAGCGCCAAAAAAAACCUCAAAGACAUGGCCUUCUUUGGCCUGACAGAGUUCCAGAGAAAGACUCAGUACCUGUUUGAGAGGACUUUCAACCUGAAGUUCAUCCGGCCCUUCAUGCAGUACAACAGCACGCGGGCGGGCGGGGUGGAGGUGGACAACGACACCAUCCGCAGGAUCGAGGAGCUCAACGACCUGGACAUGCAGCUCUAUGACUAUGCAAAGGACCUCUUCCAGCAGCGCUACCAGUACAAGAGACAGCUGGAGAGGAUGGAGCAGAGGAUCAGGAACAGGGAGGAGAGGCUCCUGCACCGCUCCAACGAAGCGCUUCCCAAGGAAGAGACCGAGGAGCAAGGACGUUUGCCCACUGAGGACUACAUGAGCCAUAUUAUAGAGAAGUGGUAGCCUAGGCAGACUUUUAUAUUAAUGAUAUUCUAGGGUUUCCAUAUAAGAGAUGGUGGAAGUAAAAAUGACAAAAAAAAAAAAAAACAAAAACAAAAACAACAAAAAAAUAUUUUAUUUAAAAACAAGUCUGUAAAACAGAAGGUAGAUUGCUUCCUUAAGCAUAGGGUCUUUUUACUGUUUCUUACAAGACCGAUGAGAUUCUUAAAAAAAUCAAUAAAUACAUAAAAAUAAAAAAAGGGUCAACAUUCUAAUGCAGAGAUAAAAAAUGCACAAAUGCAGUUACCCACGCAGAAGGCCAAAUACAGAAGAAUGUUUCUUAUCCUCAUGAUUUUAACACAAAUGGCAGAAGUAGGAUUUUUUUUAAAUCUGUUUAUCCCCUAAUGAUCUAAAGAUACAUAAUUAAAAACCAAGGAAACAGGUUUUCUUUGGUGGGGGAGGUGGGAUGGGAAUUGCACUGUUUGUCAGUAGCUGACAGUGGUGACUGAGCUGAGGAUGGGCCAUCCUGUCAGGCUGGGAUCUGAGAACACAGGCACUCACAGCAUUUCAGCUGGCAGCCACUGCCAGAAAGUAGAGCACCAUAAAAAAAAAAAAAAAAGAAGAAGAAAACCAGUCAGAGGAUAAGAAACAUUAAAGCAAAUUGACUAUGGCCUGGGAAAUGUACUUAGCACAGUGGUUCUGAUUCAUUGCACUGGUAUCACAUAUACAUACACAGCUUCAUCACAUAAUAAUGGGGAAUUCAUACCCAAAACUCCCAGAUUUGUUUCCCAGACAGAUCCCAAAACAAGUUAAAAGUCAGCCAUAGACUCAAACCUGCAUUCAUGUGUUGUCCUGUCAGCUUACACCACUAGCACUCAAGCCACUAUCAGUAUUGUGUGUUAACAGCACACAAAAACCCUAUCCUACAUACUACAAAAAAAAAAAGGAAGAAAAAUUUAACAACUCCUUCAUAAAUCCGCACAAAAUUCAGACCCUGCAGAUGAUAAGUCACUAAUGGGAACGUGACCAGGGGGUGAUUUUGUUUUGUUUGUUGCUAUGUGAAAUACUGACCCAGAAUAAGCAUACAGACCUUGCCUAGCUGUAUUAUUUCAGUUAUUUUUACUUGCUUUUAUCAAGAGGUAAUGGGCAUCAGCCUGCUUCCAGUGAAGUCACUAGAAGUGAUUUAAGUGGGGACAGGAUGGGGCUCUCUUCCAGAGCUGUGAAAAUUUCUGACUGUGGGUCUAAAUUAAUUAUGAGACAGUGCACAUUGUCUUUUGGCAGGGUGCCUGUUCUGCAGCCCUUACUUUAAAAGAACAAGCUGUGUUCAUAAAGCUGGAAAGGGGAAUCAUGGAGAGUGUUUUUUUAGUCUCAGACCACUCUCAAAGCAGAACUCUUUCAAUGCUGUUUUUUAGGGCCUCAUGGAAGUUUAAUCCUCCAGUGUGGGGACAGUCUAUCCAGGUUCUGCUUACUGACUUUGGAGUCAUAGAACAACAAUGACUUCUCUAAUUCCUCUUUCCACUCACCAAAUUAAAAUAUGGCUUAUUUUUUUUUGCUGUUGCAAGCACUUCUUUGUUUGGCUGGAAGCAUGGAAAUGAAGCAGUUUCUGCCUGGUUCAUGUCUCACUCUGUUAUUAUUCAGCCUGCAAGACCUGAACCAGCCAUUGUUUGGGGUAAACUCUGAACCAAAUGGAAUAGGAUUUGAUGUUCAAAGGCCACGUUAACUGCAAUAUCAAAUCAAAUAUGGCAUUGAAACCACUGGAGGAGAGGCAGAGAGCUGAUGCACUCAACUUUAGCAUGUCAUUUUCACAGCAUCCCUUCCCCAUCACACAGACCCACUGAUGUGCUGCUUGGUUUGGAUUUUAAUUCUUUCUCUGCCUCUGUGCACUGUGUCCCACAGUUUCAAGUUCAGACUGAAUUUGCAAAGGAGGGGUUUCUGGGGGGGAUACACCUUGCUUUGGGAGACAUUUUUCUCCUGAAGAGCAAAGACAGCUAAAAACUUGGGAAAACACAAAGAGCACUUAGGGCUCAGAGACAAUUCUGUUACAGCCAGAGUCAGAGGAUGUCUUUCCUGCUGAUUUCAGGUGGAUUUUGGUCAGGUCUGACCCUGCUGCUGCAGAGUGCACAAGCACACACUCACCUGCCUGCAGGCACAGCAGGACAUUGCCAGCCACACAUUUGGCUGGUACCAGUAGGUGCUGGUGCUGUCCAUGUCUUUAAGGCUGUGCCAGUGCUUCUGCCACAGGAUGGCUCCUGUUCCCAGAAAUGUGCAGCCUGCCCAAAAGCAUUUCCUCCUGGGUGAAAACUGGGGAGAAAAAUGAAGCAGUAUUUGGUGGUUGGCUUGGGGGAAGAGGAGGUAUUACAAGAGAAGGCGUUACAAGAGAAGGCAUCACAAGAGAAGGCAUUACAAGUCCAUUUGCUCCUCUCUGAAUCCCAAGACUGGCAGAAGCUAUGUCUGCUAGUUGCCAUCACUUUUACAUUUUGCUGUAACUACAGAGAACAUUUGUAUUUUAAAAAUGCAGCUUUGCAGGCUGUUUACCCCCAAAAGCAGCACAUGAGAUAUAAAAAGCAGCUGUUGCACAUGCACAGUUCCCACCUUUCCCCAAAAGCUUUUCAGGCGUGUCCUGGGUGGUGGAUCCAUAAGGCACAAGGGGUUCCUGCAGUUAAUCCUUGUUAGUGUCUCACUGCUGGGGCUGUGUGGGGUUCAGAGCAGGACUGUGAUUAGGCUGUGUCUGCCUGAGCUGUUCCUGGGUUCCAGGCUCUGAGGAACCAGCUGGAUGUUAAUGAAUCUGUCUGCAGGGCUGUCUAAAUCAGGAGCAGCCUCUGACCUUAGAAGCAUGUCAGUAGAAGACCUUGCUCCAACAUUUUUAAUUUUUUUUUGUAAUGUAUUGCAGGAACAAGCAAAAGAAAUGAAAUUAUAUUGAAAAUUCUCUUUGGUUAACAGUUUCAUUUCAACCACAAAAGGAGGGCUGACCUCAGUACUGAGGCAGAAGUUUCUAGAUUUAAAUCCUGCACCCAUGCCAAUGCCUCAGGUUUUCCACCUCUACACUGGGACUAACAAAUUUAGGGACUCUAAAAGAGUGCUCCAAGGUAUGAAAAGUAGAGGGCACUUUGAAACAGAUUCUGAGCCAUGGGAAUGAAAAGAAUCAUCCAAAAGCCAUCCCUCACCCUGGCUGCUGUGCUGCUCUGCUUCUGGCUGUUAAUUGAUUUUAAGUGCUGUGUACCAGAACAUGGCUGCAGGACAUACCUGGCACUGUCUUCUUCCUUUAGUGGGUGCAAGGGAACUUCUUUAACAUAAUGUGAAUGUAGUUUUUUGUGAUUUAUAUGUACCACACUUUGAAGUGGUACUGUUUCUUUUCUUUGUAGGACUGAUGUUUUGAUGCUACAAUAACAUGAAAAGUGUGUGUGUGUAGUUUUAAAAUGAAUGGAGAGCAACAGCUUUAAGGCACUCUGGCAGAAGUAGUGGCCAGAUAGUAGAGUCUUGUUCAAUGUCUGCCCCUUUCUUCCAAAAUGUUUUUCCUCUGACUUCCAGACACACCAAAAGCUUCUUCAGGGCGUGAAGGGUUUCUUCAGGGGGUUUGUCAGUGCAUCAUGAUCCAGGUCAGCUCAGGAGAGUGCUGGGAGCAGUGCAGGCAGGUGCAGGAUUGCACUUGUCCCUUAGGGACUUUGUGACUUCUUGGGGCUAAGAAAUCAAUUUGCUUUUAGUCCCCUAAACAGUGUAAACAUCACUGCUUGGUGGGUGUUCUUGCUGAAGAGAACAUUUGCUUGCUGGUUUGUCUCAUCCUAGUUAGCUCUGCUGAAGGAGUUUGCCUCAUUCAAGCUUUUCCAGACAGUCAGGUGCCACCUUGUACCCUGUCCAGGUCACAAAAUGCAGGAUUGACUGGUCAGGUUGCCAGCCCAGGCUGUCACAGGGGUCAAAGUCAAAAAAUAAAUUAAAAAAAAAAAAGUCAGAAAAGGGUCAGUGUGAAUUUCUGGCUUGUCUGAAUUUCUCCCUUUAUGCCCAACGUUUUGGAAUAAAUGAGGAGCACUUCAGUUGAUGUUUUUGCAGCCCUCAGUCCCUUACUUGCUCACAGAAGUGGGAUGACAAUGAAAGCAGCAUAAGAAAGAUCCCAGUAAGGUAUGGAAUCCUCUGCAGGAGUUCAUCCCCAGCCUGUGACUUCUGCAGUCCUCACAAAAAAGGGGUGGCACUGCAGGAAUCCAUCCCCAACCUGUGCUGAGUGCUCAGAGCUGUAUCCUGGCAUGCAGCAGACACUGUCUGCUGAACUCAAACCCCAGGGCUGGCUGUGUUCUCUUUUCAUUCCUCUUUUCACUUCCACUAAUGGUAGCAGCUCAUGUUCCAGAGGCAGAGGGAGCCUGGCAUUCACUGCCUGGUCUGGAGAGUUCCAAGCCUUUGCAGCACAGGUCAGUGAGCAGCAGCUCAGGGGAGCAGGGCAUACAACCCCAGCUAUCCAUGGCUGCUUGUUCUACCCCAUCCACAGGAAUUCUGCCAAGCUGAAUGCAGCCCUGAUGAGCUCACGGGUGUUAAAGCCUGUGUUGUCCCAGCUCUGUAAUUCUUAGCCAUGCAAGCUGAAAAAAAACUUCAUUUGCAAAUGAGUCUGUCUCCUCAGAGCCCUACAAUUCCCCCUCCCUGUUCACUUCCCCCACGUGUCAGUUCUGGAGAUUGGAUUGAGAGAGUUGUACUAUAAUGAAUAAUUUUAUAUUCAAAAGGUUUACUGAGCAUGAUUUGUUUUGUACAUAUUGGAAUAUGAUUUAACUUAUUUUUAUUGCCCCUUUUAAUCUUUUUUUUUCCCCAUAAGGAGAAGACAAAAAUCCCCAUCCUCUCUCAAUGUGAAGUUCCUGUGUGUUUAUGUGCAGUCUGCCAGUCAAACACACUAGAGGCAGAGGAUUUCUCACCAUCCCUACAGCUAUCUGAUUUUGGUUUGCAUUGUCAUUUCCAUUCAUCUGGGACCUUGCUUAGAUUGUCUCUUCUUUCCUCUCUGCUGCACAGUCUGCACAGAGCAGGGAAAGGUCAAUGCAGGCAGCAUUUUCUUCUUCUUCCUCUCCCCUUUCUUGUGUGCUUUACUUACCAAGGAACUCAGUUCCUCUUGGAGCUGUGUGACUGAGGGUAGAAAAAUACAACUGUCCCCCACCUGCCUUCCAUCCUCCAUGUUGUAGAUCAAACAGAUUCAGCUUCUCUGAAAGUGACUGUGGCUGGACUCAUUCCUUUGGGCUGAAUGUGUAUGGUUUGCACUUUCCCCCCCACUUCAGGAACUUAAAACCAACAAAAAAAAAAAAUAAAAGGCAACUGUUUUAACUUGAGCCGAGUAACACUUAAAGCUUUAUAUAUUUAUUUAUAGCAUCUUACAAAAAGUGUUAAAAGGUUUUUUCUUCCACAAGAAAAAUAAAGUUUUAAAAAAUCAUCUAAUUGUUUUUGUCUAGAUCAAGGAUGAAUGUUAGCAGAUGAAAUAAACCCUAAAAUUGA